CUGUAACAACAUGGCGAAGGCGAACUUUCAAUUUAGUUUAUAAUCUUCAUUAUACUCAUUUAAAAUAAUUACAUGUGGUUUAGUUUUGUUUGUUUUUGGAAGAUACACUAGCCCGGUACAGUUCAAUUUUUUUUUUAUUUAUUAAUAUCGAUAUUAUCAAAGUUAUAGUGGGAAUUUCGAUUUAGAGGAAUAAAGAAUAUGCCGAGGCGCGGCUUUGAGGAGACUAGUGUGGAUGUCAGCUUCACUGAUGAUGAGGCCUUACCCCCAGGAAUCGUAUUCACAGAUACGAUACAAAAUAAAUGGCGAAUAGGGAAGCCAAUAGGUCGAGGAAGCUUUGGCCGGAUAUACUUGGCCUCCGAUGACAGUGAAAAAGAGGUGACAAAGCUGAAUGCUCGCUAUGUGGUUAAAAUAGAACCACACACUAAUGGUCCUCUGUUUGUGGAAGUCCAUUGCCUCAUUAGGACUGCCCAGGUCAAUGAAGUUAAAGCGUGGAGACAUCAAAACAAAAGAAAGCGAUUAGGUAUGCCAAUAUACAUAGCAAGUGGCUCGUUUACACACGAAAGCACUGGCAUCAAAUACAGAUUCCUAGUCCUUCCUCGUUAUGAUGUUGAUCUUCAGAAAAUAAUCUCAAAGACUAAAGUGUUAGACUUAAGAAAUGUUCUUGUGAUUGCUAUACAAAUACUUGAUGUGUUAGAGUAUUUUCAUAGCAAAGGGUACACUCAUUCUGAUAUAAAAAGCUCCAAUCUUAUGCUAGGUUUUGAUGGAAAUAAAUACAAUAAAGGACUUAUCAAACCAACACAGUCAUUCCAAAAAGAUAAUAAGCAAAUUGUGUUAUUAACAAAGAAACACAGGAAAUCCAAAAGUAGCAAGACUAGAGUCUCAAAUUAUUAUGAGGACGAAGAUUAUAAAGCCAGGGAAAGAUCAUCCACAGAUGCCCAAGAAGAUAGUGACAAACAUUUGGCAACAGUUAAAAAGAAGUUGAGAAAAAUACUAUCUGAUAAGGACAGUAGGUCAUUGCAUCGGCAUCAUGCUUUCAAUCUUAGACAACUAUCAAGUUACGUCAAUUAUGAGGACUUGAACAGCUCGGUAUGUUCUGAUCAAUCAUAUCAAAAUUUUCUCGAUGAUUUUGGACAUUAUUAUUCACCAAAAAAAGUUUAUAAUGACAAGACAAUACUUGAUAAAAGCUGCACUGAGCAUACUGAUGAAAUACAUAAAGAAGCAGUUUUAUACCAAUCGAAUGGUCAAAUCUAUUUACUUGAUUAUGGCCUUGCAUCAAAAUUUCUAGAUUCAAAAGGAGACCACAAAGUAUUUGCUAUGGAUGCUAGGAAAGCUCAUGAUGGUACUUUGGAGUACAGUUCCAGGGAUUCUCAUGUUGGAGCACAUUCAAGACGUUCAGACCUUGAAACUCUGGGAUACAAUCUCUUGGAUUGGCUCACAGGGACUUUACCCUGGAAAACAUCUGAAGUAUUGGCUGAGCCAGACCUUGUCCACAUUUUAAAAAAGAACUUUAUGAAUGACACUAAGUUGUUACUCAAAACCUGUUUCAAAACUGAAUUCUAUCCACAGUUCCUAGAAAAAUAUCUGCAGUACAUAAAAAGUCUUGAUUUCACUGACAAACCUGAUUAUGACUAUUGCAGGAGUUUGUUCAGGGGUGAGCUAUUGAAAAAUGGUUAUGUAUUGGAUAAAGAAUUGAACGUCAACUUUGCUGAAGCACCAAUGUCUCCAAUGCGAAGCAAGUGUUACACAAAAAGAUUUGGUAGGAAAAAUACUCCUCAAGAUUUCAUUGCCCGUAAUGGGAUUAAGAAAGCAUACGAAAGAGAGAAUUUAUGUUCCUUAGAAAAUGAUCUCAAACUAGAACUUUUAAAACAGACAUUAAAUACAUCAAGCGAAGGCAUACGCAAACCGUGCGCUUCCAGAAACUUCUUUAUAUCAGAUGCGGACUUGGUGGCCCGUUUGAAAAAGUCGUUAAUGCCCCACGACGUUUUCGGUAAGAAACUUUCACCGAAAAACUUGAGGUCUAAGAAGAAGACAACUGUACCUAAACGCAAAGGUGUCAGAAGACAUAGAAAUAGCAUUGGGAAGUUUGGCAAAUUUAUGGGUUCGGCAAAACAAUUCACUUGGGCAGAAAUUUUAGCCCGAAACCCUGAAGAUAUUAUUCGCAAGGAGCGUAACCCUGUAACUGGGCAUGAAGAAGAGGAUGAUGAUUCUAAUUGCAAGUAUAGAAUAAGGAAACUUUCGAAUGCAUCUGAAAACUCUGACACACAAUCUCCGAUACUACAAAAAGAGUACUUACAUGAUAAAAACCCUACUUACGCUAUGAAAGAAGUUAUAGCCAACUUAAAUAAAAGAAUAAAUAGUAAGACCACAAAAGAGACUGAUGAGGGACACCCUCAACUAGAAGGAUAUACUCCAGCGAUGAUGACAUAUUAUUUGAUAAAACAAAAGCGGGAGGCAAAGGAAAAACUAGAGUCGCAAAUCAAACAACAAUGUGUAAAGGAAGUCACGGUACGAUGUACAAGAUCAAUGAGGAAUAAAUCGAACAACUCCGAACCCAGGUCAACAUCUACUAAGAGAAAGGUUACUAAUACUAAGGAUAUUGAUGAGAAAAAUAUCGAAAAUACCGUACAGGUGACUCCUCGGAAGAGUAAUCGGAAAACUAAGGGCAAGGGUACCCCGAAGACUGAACUUAAAACUGUAGAGAGUCCUAACAAUACAACUAAAACUAAAAAAACACCUAGAAAAUCUACUGUGACAGUCAACAGGAGAAGAUUAAGAAGUAGUAAACGUAGGAAAAGCUAAGUUAGCUCACAUUAGAAUUCAUUAGCUAUUUACUUAGCUUAGUACAUUUACUUUUAGUGCUCCUAAGCAGCAGAUUAUAAAGCUAAAGUGUUUGUCUAUGUAUUAAUUUUAAGAACUAGAAAUACUUUCAAUGCACUUGCUAGUAUUUUCCUGUUUUACUAUGGCAACCUAAAUAACUUAUUAUCUUAUAAUUUUGUUAAAGGGUAAUUUAUUUAGUAACUAAAAAUAUCAGUAAUUCUCGAUUGAGAGAAGUAAUCAUAAUUUAUAAUUCCAGGUAAUAUAUAAAAGAAAUUCAUAAUUAAAAAUUGACACCCCUGAAUUAUUGGACUGACUUGACUUCUUAUUUACGCGUAAGUGUGCGUGUGAAUGUUUGAAUUAGAAAAUGUGAGCCGCUUUCAAUAUAUUACUACCCUUUUCAUUGUAACAAUUUAGCGUUUCUUAUGCCAAAUACGAACAUUUCCCCUCCCCAUACAAGUUCACAAUAUAACAAAAAAAUUAAAAUACAUAUAAAUAUUUCAGAACUGUAUUUUAUAGGGACAGUCAUAUAGUUAAACGAUUGCUACCCUAAAAGGUCCUAGAAACCAACCCCUAACUAAACUUUGUUUUCACGAUCGCAAGAGGCCCCUAGUUAAGGGGAACCGUUGUUGUACAAAGUUGUACUUACCGGUUUUAUUGAAGGUUCAGAUAAAACGGUAACUUAAACUUGUAUUGUAAUAUGAGUAUGAUAUUUAAAAAAAAAUGUAUUCAUGUUAUUUUUUAAAAAGAAACUUCCUUAUAUCCUUAUAUAUGAUGAAAUUGGGCAUUAGCAUGUUAAAAUAUGAGGUUUUUUUCUCAGCAAUACAAACAUCAUUUUAUACCUGGUGUUUGGGAGUACUAUUAGAAAUGUUACGAGUUCAAAAUGAUUUACAAUUUAAGUAGGCACCUAAGUAGCAGUAAGUUAUAAUGAGAUCCUUGCAUUUAAAUUGAAACAAAAAAACUGUUAUCUGUUUUAAAGUGUAUUUUUUAUAUUGGGAACACUAAAAACUUCACUUUGUUUUUAUUUGCAUAAUCUAUAGAAAAUCACAAACAAAUUAUUUAGAAUGCAGUUUUGUAUCUAUGCUGACACAACCGCAUUCACAAUCAUUUACUAUGAAGUUGGUUAUUUUUGAACUUGGUCAGACAUUAAGAACCCACCCAUUACAAAAAAGAGCGCCAAAAUAUGAAAUAAUUACCAUUUCAUUACAUUAAAACAUAAUUUUUUUUUUUAUUGUUUUUGUUAAAUUCAAACAACUGUUUUUCUUGGGACAUCAAAUCAUUGUUAAUUGCCAUUAGUUUCAAAUCGUUUUGUGAUU